AUGCAACAACAACCACCCCAGCCGGGUUUAGACGACUGGCAGAGCCAGCAGAAUGACGGGUCUUCAACAGGUUGGUAUCCUGGUAACGAAUACGACAGUGAUUGGAAUCAAAUGCAACAGCAGCAGCAUCAACAGACAAAUCCCUUGCAGUUCCCGCCUCAUCCCAGCAACGUGAUAUAUCAGCAGAACUACGGAGAGAUGAUUAGUGACAACAAUGAACCUAGGAGGAUGUCAGGUGUUCCGAGUGGUCUGGGAGAUAAGUCGUCGGUAUCGCCUGAUGAUGGAGGAGGAGGAGGGUCAGAGACUUCAGGAUCCACUAGAUUUCCCAAUCUGAAUGCUCCCCCAUCGAGCUCGUCAACUGGAGAUCUCAAUGGACUGAUGGAAGAAGGAUCACAACAGAGUCAAUCAUCAUCCCAAAGGCCAGGCACCUCAUACUCUGGUCCAUCUGGUAUCCCAUCUUCUGAACAUAUCGCUCCCUCCGGUACCUCUUUGCGGCGUGGAAUGGCAUGUAAAUUCUGUCGACGGAGGAAGCUAAGGUGUUCCGGGGAGCGACCGGCAUGUUCGAGCUGUAUCAAGUACAAGCAGGAGUGUGAAUAUCAGCCACCGGCGAAGAUAUCCAAAGUCCAGGCAUUGGAAUCUCGAGUUGCAGAAAUAUCAGACUACCUUACUCAGGGGACUGCUCCCAAUCUCACCCCUGCGUUCAGCUCUCAGCCUUUAGCAUAUGAUGAGAAUAGUCAUUCACAACCUGUUUAUGGAGAAUCCUAUCAGAACGAUUCUCAAUCACAAUAUCAGUAUCUCAACUAUACUCUCCCCGUCAGCAGGGACGACGCCAACCCAUCGACCUUCACACCGAAUGUCAAUAUGAACGGACAACCAUAUAAUCCAUACGUCCCGACACCUCCCCAAACGGCAUUUCAGACGGCUUUCCCUCAAUCAAAUCAAUAUGCAGUAUAUCCCGCAUACACAGAGAAUACGCAAUACGUUCCUGGUCCCAGUAAUAGUUCACCCGCUACUGCUCCUUUAUCCGCGAACCCAUCUGUACAGACCCCUCAGCAGUUCCAACAGGGCUAUAAGCCUGUAUCGUCCUCUUCCCCCAUACCUGGCAGCAGCUUUGAUCAAGGUGUCAAUGAUGAGAAUCUCAACCCGAAAUUCACCUAUCAGUCUGAACCUGCUCAGCAAAUACUUCAACAAAGACAGUCAGUCUCUCCGUUGGUUCCGUCUCAAGGUCAACCUCAAAAUCAGUACUCUACCAAUAACACUUUCAUGACCGCUCAACCAGUCGCUCAGCGAUCUUCGUUUAAUUCCGAAUCAUCUACAACCUCGACUACUCAAAAUGUACCUACACCCAGCGGAAGUGCAGGCGUCAGUACACCUAGCUCGAUAUCUAUUCAUGCGCCACCUGGUUCACAGACGAUGUACGCUGAAGUAGCCAAUCUGCGGUAUACCGCUGAAAUAGCGGAGAGCGACCCAGUGGACAAGUUGACAGAGAGAUUAGGUGAAUUUCUAUUCAGUCCAGCGAGCGAAAGUGGUAAAGAAGCUGUGGAAGAUAAUGCGGAUGCGAAUGCCCCUGAUUCAGGAAGUAAGAAGCGGAGAACGGGGAAAACGCAAUCUGGACAAUGGUCAAACGGAGCUGAUCAGAGAUCUGGCCGGCCCGAUAGAACUUCGAUGUUUAGAAGUAGGGUAGAAACGGAUAGUCUGCGAGAUGAACACAGGAAGAAAUUACUUGAUACUUUCCUUGGACACUGUCGACUAUUCUUCGAGAUGAGUAUACCUAGAUUUUGGUUCAGGAUGACAUUCCAUGAUAGAAGGAGACCAAGUUUGGCUUUACUAAAUGCUAUGUAUCUAUGGGCCACACGAAUGACAGCAUCGCCUAAUCUCGUUCCGAUGGAAGCUCACUUCUUCGCAGAAGCUUGCAGACACCUCGAUUCUGCUGGUCCGAAUAGUGAUAGACUCAUUGAUGCUGUCAAAGCCGCUAUGCUUCUUUGUGCUUACUCGUAUACCAACGGUCGACAUCAUGAGGGCUGGCUCAUAGCAGGUCUCGCAGUCCGUCUCGUCACUUCCACUGGGAUACAUCAAAUCCCUUCUCUCACUUUCAGGCCUACUCAUCCCGACAACCCGUUCUUGAGGAAUAGAGUUCACUUGUUGCCGCCUCCGGAAGAUGCUGUUGAAUUAGCUGAAAGAGUUCAUGCUUUCUGGUGUGUGUAUGCGAUCGAGAAAUGCGGUGCUUUCGCAACUGGUUUCCCAUCAUCCUUGAGAGACGAUGAUAUCGCUACGCCGUUCGGAAGACCCCUCGAUGAGAUUGCUUCGCAAUCCGUCACUUUACAAGAUGAUGUGACGGUCAGAGAUCUAUUUAAAGGCACUGCGCAUCCACAUCCUGAUGGAGAUUCGCCAUACAUUCGAUGGAUCAAAGCUGUGGCAAUCCUUGAACGAGCAUCCAAACUCGCCUUUCUGACGCCCACGGACGACUCGGAAUAUUCUCAAGCACGGCAUUCAUACGCUACUGCGCUAUCUAACGGAUCUCCUCCCCCGAAUCCACCUCCAGGUUGGCUGAACCAACCUAAAUAUAGGAAUUCAAAAGACUACGAUGAAUGUUCAAGAGCGCUCAAUCAGUAUAUCAAGAGUCUUGGGGUUGAUGGUGUCUCCCCAGUGGAAAGGAGGCAAUUGGCUCAGCAGGAAGGAUCUAUCGAACCCGUUAUAAGAAGUCAUACGAUCUUACUUCACCAUCAAAUAUACGCUAGUGAGAUGUUGAUGCAUGAUAUCAAUUCACUGGACACGGAGAAUGAUAUUGCUGUUGCUGCUGGACGCAAGUCUGCUAAUUUGAUCAAAGGUUUACCACCUAUCCCAUCUCAAGAGGUCGACGCUCAAGUGAUAUUGGUCUGGUGUAUGAUCAUCAAAUUGCUGAUCAAAGAACUGAGGAGACGUACUAAGAUCGGUGAUUAUUCUGCAUCAAGAUCGAUUGAGGAUGAUAUUGAUAUUAUAAUACAGGAGAUGAGCAGAAUAGGACACACGAUGCAUAUUGCUCGAAUACAAAGUAAAGCAAUGGACGAUUUCAAAAAAGCUGCAUUGGCUGGUUGA